AUGCCGGAAAUCACUCCGACCAACUCUACCGCUUCCAAAGAUAUGAAAGGAGAUAACCAGCAGAAGCCACGAAUGCCUAACACGUACCCGCCUACUCAGUCCAGCACGAAAACCCGUCAGGGCGAACAGACUUCAAAAGAUUAUCGUGUCGAAGCACUUCCAAUGAAUAGCCGUGAGGCUCGCUACAGCGAAGCACAGAUGAGGAGUCGUGCAAUCCCACGGAUGCCACAAAUGAUGGGCAUCCCUGAGAGCCCCUCCCCUUCAAGACCAAAGAAGUCGCCUUUCAGAGACGACAGCGAAUUGAUUGAGAGCUGCCGAGGAACACCUCUCCACGACAUGUACCUCCAGGCUGAGCAGUUACUGUCAGGAUUGGAAGAUACCCCUGAUAAGCAAUCAAUGACCAUGAAGAAGGCAUUGACUGAACUCGUCGAAGUUGGUGCAUCAGAACUGGUCAGACGGGCAAAGUUUGAUGAGGAGACCACACGGCAGCGGGAAUCAGUAGAGAAACGUAAAGUCCGAGAGGCCAGGAGACGAGUUAGAGAAGAAUUCCUUAUGGGAUGGAGCGUGAUACACGAAGACUCGAGUGUCCUCUACACUAGCACAUCUCGUGCUCCUAAAGGCCAUCGACAAGCGCAUGUGCGGCGGUCUACGCGUCAUCAGAGAGCCCGGGAGGCCGCUUAACUCUUGCUGGGGGCGAAUAUUCAUCCCAAUGGUCGCCUGGUCCGAUAGGCUCCUCAGAUUCCAUAAACGGCUCUGCUGCUCGCUGAGCAGCACACACUAUAUAUCUGUGUUAUUAGUCUAUAUUAUAGACUCUAUAACACAUCAUUUAUAUCAUAUAUAUUGCCAUGUAUCACCACACAGUACGUGCUUUUCA